GUUCAGGUCAGAGAGAAUCACACUAUAAAUAGACUUGGUUUCAUGCAAGUUUAAAUUACAAUAGCUCUCACUUGUGACUACAGAAACUGUUAGAUUAAAGAGAGCUUAACCAGUUUACCAAAAAAAAAAUGAAGAGUGCUCAUUUCCUUCUCACACUUGCCAUAUUUACUUUGGCAUCUUCCAUUGCCUCUGCCUAUGAUCCUAGUCCUCUUCAGGACUUCUGUGUAGCAGUAGAUGAACCCCACAAAGCUUUGUUUGUGAAUGGGAAGUUUUGCAAGGAUCCAAAGGAAGUCAAUGCGGAUGAUUUCUUUACUUCAGGGCUCAACAUUGCAGGAAACACUGAAAAUCCAGUUGGUUCCAAAGUAACAGCCGUCGAUGUUAACAAAAUUCCUGGACUCAACACUCUUGGAAUAUCGUUGGUUCGCAUUGACUAUGCACCAUAUGGUCAGAACCCACCUCACACUCACCCCCGCGGCACUGAAAUCUUGGUCGUCGUUGAGGGCUCGCUCUACGUUGGGUUUGUGACAUCCAACCAACAAGAUGGCAAAAACCGCCUUUUCACAAAGGUUUUGAACAAGGGAGAUGUGUUCGUGUUCCCAAUCGGUUUGAUUCAUUUCCAGUUCAACAAAGGACACACCCCAGCAGUUGCCUUUGCUGGUCUCAGCAGCCAAAAUGCAGGAGUGAUCACCAUUGCAAAUGCUGUGUUUGGUUCAGACCCUCCCAUCAACCCUGAUGUCCUAGCCAAGGCCUUCCAAGUUGACAACAACAUUAUCAACCUUCUUCAAAAGCAGUUCUGGUAUGACAACAACUAGAGAAGCCAUCAUGCUCUGCCACAUGAUCUUGUAAUACCCUUUGUACUAGUACUUCAAUAAUUAUUAUUGCUGUGUUUCCGGUCAUAGUGAGAAAUAAUAUUCAUAACUAAAUAAGAAGGUUACAUAUGUACCUUUCAUUGGUUGGAUUUUAUCAAUUCGAAAAUUUUCAGUUUCUAGCAAUACAUUAAUAGUUUGAUACUAAACUAAUAUAACUAUAGAAGCCAAU